AUGCCGGUGGAUGAUGCGCCAGAAGACGAGGGCCAGGGAUCCCCGCGCCAGACAUUCAACUUCGCACCGGGCUACCACGGUGUCGUCUACCGCGCCGAUGUCCCGGACCGUGGUGCGGGGCACCGCCGUGAUCAAGGGGACAGCCAACAGGAUAGUGCCGCCUCCGAAGCGACAUCAAGCCAACCCAAAAGCAACGAGAGCGGUGAUAUCUCGGUCAAGUACAAGAUGCAGUCGAUGCAGUGGGGUUUGAUUCCCUUCUGGACCAAGCGCGAUCCCGGCUAUAGCACGCUCUCCAAGACGAUCAACUGCCGCGACGACUCGCUGAGCACGCCUGGUGGCAUGUGGUCGACCAUGAAGGCGGGGAAGCGAUGUAUCGUCGUCGCGCAGGGGUUUUAUGAGUGGUUGAAGAACGGGAAGGAGAAGACGCCGCAUUUCGUAAAGAGGAAGGAUGGGCAGCUCAUGUGCUUUGCUGGGUUGUGGGAUUGUGCACAGUAUGAAGAUGCCCAAGACAAGCGGUACACCUACACCAUCAUCACGACAGACUCCAACAAGCAGCUCAAGUUCCUCCACGACAGGAUGCCAGUCAUCCUCAAUCCGGGCUCCAAAGAGCUCAAGACCUGGCUGGACCCGAAACGGCACGAAUGGUCCAAGGAGCUACAGGACCUCUUGAAGCCAUUCGAUGGCGAGCUUGAAUGCUACGCGGUCAGCAAGGAGGUCGGCAAGGUCGGCAACAACUCGCCUUCCUUCAUCAUUCCCGUCGCGAGUAAAGAGAACAAGGCCAACAUUGCAAACUUUUUUGCCAAUGCGUCUGCCAAACAAAAGUCCAAUGAGGCUACGAAGCUCGAGCCUACUAUCGAGACAAAGGAGGAGCCUAAGGAGUCGCAAGUCGGCCAGGACCAGCCGGUGCCGCAAGUCAUCGCCAAAGCGGCUGAAGAGGAGGGCAGCCAGGAGGUAGCGGGGCUCAAGAGGGAGGCACCUGACGCUGAUGGCGAUGCAGAAGAGGAGCCGCCCAGGAAGACGUCGAGGGUUUCGCCUGUGAAGGGGCGGCAGAGCAGGAUCAACCCUACGGGCAACGGGAAUAAGAGUCCGGUCAAGGCGAAGCAGAGCGGUACGCAAAAGAUUACAAAGUUCUUUGCCAACAGUUCUUAA